GUAUCGCUAAAGUGGCAAAUAAUAAUUUUUGUAAAUUGCAAAAUAUUUUCAUUAAGCAAUAUUUAUAUUUAAAUGCUACGUCGCACAAUGGCCGAAUUUGACAUAAAUGCCGGCCUACAACACGUACUAAAGCAAAUCGAGUUGACUCUACAGAAACGUUCAAAGGAAAUCAUCGCACCCAAGCCACUUUUGGUUGCCGUAAGCAAAACAAAGCCGGCCGAGUGCAUUAUUGAAGCAUACAAUGCCGGACAGCGGCACUUUGGUGAGAACUAUGUGCAGGAAUUGGUCGAGAAGAGUCAGCAUCCGGAUAUUUUAUCAAAAUGCCCUGAAAUCAAAUGGCAUUUAAUUGGACAUCUGCAGAGCAAUAAAAUCAACAAGGUACUGAAGCUUCCUAAUCUGCACAUGAUACAGACCGUUGAUAGCGAGAAAUUGGCAAAUAGUCUGGAUGCGGCCUGGUCAAAGGUGCAGCCAACACCCAGUGAGCCGCUGCGUGUUCUCGUUCAAAUCAACACAAGCGAAGAAGAUGCAAAGAGCGGAGUUGACGCCAGCACUGCUCCUUCACUUUAUCAGCACAUCCGGACCAAUUUGAAGAAUCUACAAGCAGUGGGCAUAAUGACCAUUGGGGCUUAUGGGUUCGAUUAUAGUAACGGUCCCAAUCCGGACUUUAUUUCGCUGAUGAAGGUACACAGCUCCAUUUGUCAGGCCAACAAUCUGCCAGCCGAAUCAGUUAUGGUCUCAAUGGGGAUGUCCAACGACUAUGACAGAGCGAUCGAAAUGGGCAGCACUAUAGUGCGCGUUGGCACAGCUAUUUUUGGAUAUCGUGCCGCUAAGGCAUAAACCCAAGGCAAUUGGAGAUUCGCCAAACUAAGUAAAUAAAAGGAAUGUGUGAAAAGCUCUCGUUCUCGCUCUCGUCGUGGGAUGCUUCUUAAGAUGUAGAUUUUAAAAUUUAGAUCUUAAUACAGUUGCUUUCCAAUGAUGUCCAUGUCGGCCAAUAUGCUACCAGCCAGCUAUCUAGCUGAAAACAAAAUGUUUUAUAAUAUCAGCCGUGUGCACAAACAAACAAAAUUCUUCCAUCUUCAUUUAUGUACCAUAUAUUGAAGAAUAUUUAUAUAAAUGGUUAUACGAAAAAAACAUAUGUAUACUGUUGAAAUGUAUGCAAUGGAAAUGAUUUGGCUCUUAUAUUUAGACUAUCUGAUGAUAAACAAAUGUUUUGCGUAGGCUGUGGUUUCCUUACCACAUUUGUGAUUCUUAAAAUGUUAUGUAGAUUUAUAAAUAUACGUAAAUAUGUAAAUUGUUAAUGAAAUACAAAAUCCAUUUAUAUUUUACUUGUAAAGCAAGUCGAUUAAUUGAAUGCUCCGGUUUAUUGUCUAUUUAGAUACUGCCAAUGGUGUCAUAUUUGUGCAAUUGUAUCUGACUGUUCGCCUUGGAAAAUAAAGUAAAACAUUUAAU